AUGUCCAAAAUCGAAGAGCACCCGACAGUCAUCAAAGUGCGGUCUGCUGAGGGUCGCGCAACGCGGCCAUUGACGAACGAAGAACUGAAGCAACUCUGUAUCGAGUGUGGCGCGGAUGAUGCUGGGCUGGUUUCGAUCGAUCGUCCAGAAAUCGAUGAUCAGCGCGACGAUAUUCUCCGCGUUGCGCCGUGGACCCGCUCGCUACUGUCGUUUGUUUGCACGAUGAACCGCGAGCCGAUCCGCAGCACCAUGCGUUCGGCGGCGAAUCUUGAGUUCCACAACACGGGCGAUCAGGUCAACGAUGUAGCCAGGAGUGUGGUCCGCCAGUUGCAGGGGCGUGGCGUGCAGGCGAUGAACCCGGCUAUGGGAUUCCCAAUGGAGGCACAUCGAUUCCCCGGAAAGAUCUGGGACGUUUCACACAAACCCGUGGCGGUCGCUGCCGGAUUAGGGCAGAUAGGCAUCCACCGGAACGUAAUACACCCCAAGUUCGGCAACUUCGUCUUGCUGGGAACGGUGUUGCUUGGGCAAGAGAUUCAGACCGACGACCAGCCGAUUGAAUACAACCCUUGCUUGGGCUGUAAACUUUGUGUGGCCGCGUGUCCCGUCGGUGCAAUCUCGCCAGAAGGCGACUUCAAUUUCAACGCCUGUUACACGCACAACUAUCGUGAGUUCAUGGGGGGCUUCACAGAUUGGGCCGAACAGUUGGCCGAAAGUCGCAGUCGAGGGGAGUAUCGCAAACGCGUGUCCGAUGGCGAGUCGGCUUCAAUGUGGCAGAGCCUUUCGUUUGGGGCCAACUACAAGGCAGCGUACUGUCUGGCGGUGUGCCCAGCGGGAGAGGAUGUGAUUUCGCCCUGGCUCGCUGAUCGCAAGGGGCAUCUCACCACAGUCGUACGACCGCUGCAAGAGAAAGAAGAGGACGUCUAUGUCAUUCCCGGAUCGGACGCGGCGGAGCACGUCGCCAAGCGUUUUCCGCACAAGAAACCCCGGUCCGUCCGUGGUAAUCUACACCCGGGGUCGAUCGACAGCUUCUUGAAAUACAUGCCACUGCAGUUCCAGCCGGGCCAAGCGAAAGGCCUCGACGCGACCUAUCACUUCCGCUUCACUGGAACUGAGAACCGCGAUGCAACCGUGCGCAUCGCAGGGCAGAAACUCGAGAUCUCCUCUGGCUGGGUGGGGAAGGCGAACUUGCGUGUGACUGCCGACAGCAGUGCUUGGCUUGCCUUUUUGAAACGCGAGAAAAGCCUCGCCUGGGCCCUGCUGACUCUCCGCAUACGGCUCCGAGGUUCACCGCUCUGGCUCAUGCGAAGGUUAGCGGCUGCAGUUGCAUAUCGCGAGCCGGUUCGCUUUAUCGACCGGGGCCAAGCAAUUUGUGAAUUCCCUCUGGCGAUUGCGCCGCACCGGAUCGAGAUCUUGUGGUACCCGGUUAACCGGAAGAUCUCACCAGGAAGCAAUCAGAUAGCGUCGAUCAGGCUAGGGAUGGGAUUCAGUCGAGGUGAGCACAAAAGCUGGCGUGGAGGGACCUUCACCCAUCAUGCAAGACCACCCAGAAGCGGAGAUUCAGUGGGCGGGAGCCUGGUGAGGCUCAAUUCUGCACACGACAUGAGAUACCACCGAAACCUCGAGAGUUCGCCAGAGGCUUGCGAACGUGAGCGGUCCAAUGUUGACGCCGUAUUUGCGGCUAUGGACGAGUUGAUGCGCACCCCAACGCUGGUGGACGGGGCGGUCAUGCCAGAUGCUUGUCCAACGGGCCCCACGUCAAUCCCUGUUGGUGGCGUGGUCGUAGCCGAAGACGCCAUUCACCCAGGGUUCCACAGCUCGGACAUCUGUUGCUCGGUGAUGGCGACCAAUCUCGGCAGUGACAUUGAUCCGAAGACCGUGCUCGACGCGGCCCGAAGCGUGACACACUUCGGGACCGGUGGACGGAAGAGGAGCGCAGGGCUAUUCAAACAUCUCAACGAGGAUCUCAUUCAACGCAUCCGCGCGAACCCCCUCUUCUCAGACGGAGACCUCAAGAAGGCUCAACUCCACCUUGUGACACAAGGGGAUGGCAAUCACUUCCUCUUCGUGGGGCGAAGUGAGUCGCAUGGCGGUGUCAUGCUCGUUACUCACCACGGGAGCCGUGCCUUCGGCGCAAGUCUUUACGAGACCGGGAGGCGAAUUGCAGAAGAACUGUGCUCGGUACUCUCACCAGAGACUCCCGCCGAGAACGCCUGGAUACCUGCAAGCUCGAAGCAGGGAAGAGCGUACUGGGAUGCGCUACAGAUUAUCAGAGACUGGACCAAGCUGAACCAUUCGCUCAUUCAUCGGCUGACCGCCAAAGCGCUCGGACUAAUCCAGAACUGCGACAACCUGGCCGCAGAGAGUACCUUCUGGAAUGAGCACAACUUUGUGUUUCGUGAGCCGGGGUCGGGCUCCGGCGGAAAAGACCGCUACUUCCACGCCAAGGGAGCCACGCCGCUCGACGAUAAGUUUCUGCCGGACUCCACGAAUGGGCUCCGGUUGAUUCCGCUCAACAUGGCGGAGCCCGUGCUGGUGGUCCGCGGAAAGACGACAGAGACCAACCUAGGCUUCGCUCCUCACGGCGCUGGAAGAAACAUGAGCCGGACCGAACACAAGCGGGGGCGGCUCGCUUCGGGGGCCUCUCCAGAGGAGAUUCUCGCUGAGGAAACCCAAGGCCUCGAUAUCCGCUUCUUCUCCGGCACCAUCGAUGUAUCUGAACUCCCCAGUGCAUACAAGAACGCCGAAGAGGUGCAGAGGCAGAUCUCUCACUUUGAACUUGGGACCGUGGUUGAUCAGAUUGCGCCCUACGGAUGCAUUAUGGCAGGCCGAAAAUCGCCUGCGGCACACUAG